ACCACACCAUCAUCUAAUCAUCUAACUCUCUCUUUCUCUUUCUCUUUCUCUUAUCCCUCGCUCUAUCUUCUACAUCAUUCAUUCAUCCUCUCCCUUAAGGGAACACAAGAGAACAAAGAAGAAGAUUUUGAAGCACCUUAAAUGGGUCUUCAUCAUGAUUCUACUCAUAAUAAUAACAACUCAGGCCUUCAUCUUGUUCUAGGGUUGGCUCUGAGUUCCUCCUCUGAUUCACCAACACAAGAAACCAUAACUACCUCUACUAAGAUCCCGCCGUACUCCUCUUCCUCCACCGUAACAACCGAUGAUGCUGAAUUGCUAUUGCCGUCUCUUACUUUAGCUCUCUCCGGUCACGAUGUGAACAAAAACAAAAACGAUGAUCCGCAAGAGCACCAUAGGGUCCAGGUAGUCCCUACCAAGGCUAACAACAAUAAGGUCUACAGUAGUGAGGACUACCCUUCUACUGGUGACGUGUCGGCACAGAAUUCGCCUCACCACAGCGCCGUUUCGUCUUUCUCCAGCGGCUGCAGAAGAGGAGUCAAGAGAGAGAGGGAUGUUAGCGCUAGCGACGAAGCCGAGGCGGAGGCGGAGGCCACGGAAAUUGAGAGGCUUUCGUCGCGAAUCAGCGACGAAGAGGAAGACGGUGGCACCACCGCCUCCGCCGCUGCCAGGAAGAAGCUUAGGCUCACCAAAGAACAAUCUGCUCUGUUGGAAGACAGCUUCAAACAACAUAGCACUCUCAAUCCUAAGCAGAAGCAAGCUUUAGCGAUGCAAUUGAAUCUACGGCCUCGACAAGUUGAAGUGUGGUUCCAGAACCGGAGAGCCAGAACAAAGCUGAAGCAGACGGAGGUAGAUUGCGAGUUCCUAAAGAAGUGUUGUGAGACACUAACAGAUGAGAAUAGAAGGCUACAGAAAGAGCUUCAAGAGCUUAAGGCACUCAAACUGUCUCAGCAUUUGUACAUGCCUCCCAUGCCCGCCGCGACACUCACCAUCUGCCCUUCUUGCGACCGGGCCGUUGCCAUUGGCAGCGGUGGCAGCGCUUCCAAUAACAUCAAGAAUACUCCUUUGAUCUCCAUGGCCCCCAAGCCUCACCACUUCUUUAGUCCCUUCACCAAUCCUUCCGCAGCAUGUUGAUUUUUAUUAGAUAGUUCAAUCAAAUAUAUUUAAUUAAACAUGCUAAAUCAUUUAACCAUCUCUCUACAUGAAAUGAAGAUGUCUUCGUGAAAAUAGUCUAUUUGUAUUAUUAUUUAGGCUUUUCCUUCCCUUUUUUCAAGGAUAUGUAAAACAGAACAAAAUUAGACAGGAGUAUUCCCUCAUUACCAUUGUAUUUGUUUGGUUGAGGGAUAUACGUCUUUAUUAUUAUGGACUAUCUGUAGCUAGUGAAAAGGAUUAAUGGUAUAAUUAGUAUAAGUAAUAUAUAUAUAUAUAUACACUGUAGAAAUUUUAGCAGUAACUACUGAUAAAAAAUUACUGUUAGUUUU